AUGGAGCCCGAUCUUUUUGACACAGAAGAUUUUGAAUGCACUCCGGUGGCAAGUGAUAUUCCUUGCCCAGACCUCAAAGAAGAAGGCGGCGCAAAGCCAAGAGCUGUAAAAUACACAUUUCCAAGCUCCCAGCAAGCAACUCUAUUUACAGUCACUUCAGAAAGUUUGCAAUUACUAUAUAACUUCAGCAGUGCUGAAGUUUCAAUUGAUGCUCCUCAAAGUGCUAAAUUUAUGGACUUUUUCUCUGCCAAGCACUUAUCCUGCUCCCCUUUAAAUUAGAACAAAAUUUAUUCUUCAAUAGGAAAAUUUUAUAGAUAAAGUACUAAUUUUUUAAAUUUAGUUUUGACCUAAUUUAAUAGAAAAAAUUCAAGUAGUAUGCUACUUAAACAUUUUUCACAUUAAAUCGAUUAUUUUUUUAUUUAAUUAUUCAUAAAAAUAAAAUUAAAUUUAAAGUAUUGUGCUCAAUUUAUAUUUUUUUAAAAACAAAUUAAAGAUGAAAAUACUAAUUUUUAUAAUUAGUUUGACCUAAUUGAAUGAAAAAAAAGUGAAACAGUUUCCAAACUAAAUCGAAUAUUUUUUUAAUUAUUUCUUCAUAAAAAUAAAUAAACUCAAAGUAUUGCACUCAAUUUAUAUGUUUUUAAAGAUUUUAAAAAAUUAACCCCUUUUAGAAUUUUUUGAUCCAGUUUAAGGGGAAAAGUUAAGAGAAACAAUUUCCACCCGAAAUGUACAGUUAGCUCAAUUCGAAGAAUCUGAUGUAAAAAAGGCAAAACUUAAUGCAAACCCUUACAGUUUAGUCAAGGGUGAUGUGAAGUUCAGAAACUAUGGAGCUGUGUGGAUGAGCAAUAUUUCAAGUCUUUACCCAGAUUUAAUUCAGCAAAACUAUUUGAUCCCUACAUAUUACUUUGUGACAUUAGGAGAUCCAGGAGGAUAUGCUGAGUACAUUAGACAUAAUUUUCAACAAUCCUGCUUUGGGGAGAUUAAAGGCUAUGCGUUGUUUCCUAAAGCCAGUUUUUUGAUAGAAGACGUUGAUUCAAAAAGCUUUAGAAGUAAUGAAAUUGAUGCGAAAAAUAUCCUUGAGUUUUCAGACGAGCUGCUUAGCCAGAUGGGUGAGCCUUCUGCAAUGCUUAUUGUGAGCAAUAUAAAAUGCAAGGUGAGGGACCUUGAAUUAAACGAAAAAUAUAUGAAGAGUUAUAUUGCCUAUAACAUUCUUGCUACAUUAAAGCUUAUGGCAAGAGGAGGGAAUUUAGUUAUUCAAACAUCAAGCAUUUUCCAUCGCGGUUCUAUUGAGCUUGUUUUAUAUUUGGCAACUUUGUUUGAAAAAAUUUCAGUGAUUAAGCCAUUUUCAACAGUUCCUCAUGGAAAUACCAGAACUAUUGUUGCACUUGGGUAUAAAGGUAAUGGGGAUCUUCCUAAAAUUCAGGAGCUUUGCAUUACACUUGAAACUCUACUUAAGCAAGGGAAAGAUUUAGAAAAUAUUGCGGACUUUGAUUCUGUCAUGAAGAAUGCUGAAUUCCAAACUUAUAUUAAAAAGGAAAAUGAUAACAUUGCAAGGUACCAAAUUUUGUCAUUAACCAGAAUUUUAGAUUUCUUGAACCCAACUGAAAGCAAAAAGCCUUUAGAAAUAAACAAAAAAGAUAUUGCUGAUAGGUGCUUGAUUUCGUGAGGAUUAAAAGAAAUUCAGAAAGAAGAAGAAGAAGAAAACGAAUUUGUGGAUGUGCAAGUUCCAGCAAAAAGACCUCAUCAGCCAGCACAAAGGAUUGUCGAGCAUAAAGAAAUUGACUUUGAUCAAAUAAAAAGAAUGGUCCAUAUAAAGGAAAAGAAAACAAAUAAUGAAAAAUUGCAGAGCUUUGCUAGGAAAAAACCUGAAGAAAUAGCACCAGAGAGAUCAUUGAACUUAUCUGAACAUUUUAAUACAGAUCUUAAAAGAGAGUUCAAUGAUCCAAUGGAAUUACUUAGAAGAGGAAAGAAAACAAAGAAAAAGUAA